CUGCAUGAGGUGGAAUAAUAAUUAUCGAGUGACAAAGUAAAUAGACUGAUGGAAUAACAUCAUUUAUAUCAAGUAAUAACUUUUCUAUAGGCUCGCUAUUGGUUUGAUGGUAAAAAGCAUAAACAGCAUGAUUUAUCAACGUCAAAAAAUUAUACGCUAGUAAGCCAACUUUAUCAGCAGAAAAAGGCAAGAAAUUCAAAAUUUGUAUGGGAGAUCGAUCCUUUGCACCAUUUUUUUUUUAAUUUGGUGCCUUUGUCUUCUUACAAAGCUGGCUUGCCAGAGUAUAACAAUGAUUCAAUGUUUUUUAUAAUGUGAUUUUUGGCUACUGAAGGAGGAUUCUUUUUUAUUAUACUGUCAAUACCGCAACACAACUGUCACUUCGAUUUCGUUCGCCUGUCGCCGUCAAUUGUUUCUUUGACGUGUCCUAUAGGCAUUGUUGUUGUGGUUUAUUUAUCAGAUUUUUUUACAUUUACUCAGUUGUUCCUUACACGCAACCUGUUGACCUUACUGCAAUACAUCACGGCCGCGAAAUUGCCACAGAAAUGUGUGUAAGCAGUGUAUUAUUGUGUUUAAUCUGUUAAUGUUUUUUCUUGGACUCGGCGUAAUUUUUUUAAUUAAAAAAAAGUCCCGGUAAAAAAAUGUUUACUUUUUAAUUGACCUAUUGUGAACUAUGCUUACCGCUAUCGCUGUCUAAAUACGUGUGAAAAAGAGUGGUGUUUUAAGUAUUAUUUUUCAAAAUGAGACUUUAUUUAAAGAAAUUCUUCGUCGUAGGUCUAGUUUCCUUAUUUAUUAUAUCAGUUAUGUUGUUUUAUAAUGGGAACGAGGGACCUAUAGUGAACAAAAGUGUCAAAGUAGAGGACAUAGAAACUAGGAUCAACAAAUUGGAGGAAAUGAUGGACAAUCAACUGACCGAGAGUGGUAAAUUGUUGCAAAUGGUUGUGGAGCGGAUUAGGGAGAAAAAAGAGGGACCCCAGGCAGAGGGUGAAGUGAAUUAUUUGCGAGCUCCUGACGUUGGGAAGGCUGAGUCCAAAGGUACAGUACUGCCGGUGCUCGUGAUAGCGUGUGACCGUGUCACCGUGAAGAGGUGCCUGGACAACCUCAUCAAGUUCAGACCGAGUAAAGAGACGUUCCCGAUAAUAGUCAGUCAGGACUGCGGCCACAACGCUACAUACCAAGUGAUCAGAUCCUUCACCGACGCCGACCCUUCCAUCACCGUGGUACGCCAGCCCGACCUGUCGGAGAUACCCCUCGAGCGUACCAACAUCAAGUAUAAGGGGUACUAUAAGAUAGCGCGGCAUUUCAAGUUCGCGCUGAACCAUGUGUUCAAGACUUUAGGACACGAGGCUGUGAUUAUCGUUGAAGAUGAUCUGGACAUUUCGCCGGAUUUCUACGAGUACUUCCAAGGCACAUAUCCUCUCUUACUCAAGGAUUCUAGCAUAUGGUGUGUGUCAGCCUGGAACGACAACGGCAAAAAGCAGCUGGUAGAUCUCUCAAGACCGGAACUCCUCCACCGCACUGACUUCUUCCCCGGCCUCGGCUGGAUGCUGCGGGCGGACUCCUGGGCCGAGCUCGAACCCAAAUGGCCUAAGGCGUUCUUCGACGACUGGCUCCGUGACCCGGUGAACACGCGGGCCCGUGCGUGCAUCCGGCCGGAGAUAUCCAGGACUUAUUCAUUUGGCAAGGCGGGCGUCAGUAAAGGUCUGUUCUUCGACAACCAUCUGCGGUACAUCGUUCUCAACUCGGAUUUUGUUGAGUUCACUAAACGGGAUCUCAGUUAUUUGUUAAAGGAGAACUACGACCACAACUUCACAAAAUACGUGUAUUCCCUUCCUGAGAGCACAGCGGAGGAGGUGAUGGCGGGCGCGGCGCCCGGGCCCGCCGCGCGGGUGGCCUACUCCAACCCCAAGACGUUCCACAAGGCGGCCAAGCGGCUCGGCCUCAUGGACGACUUCCGGAGCGGUAUACCCCGAACGGCGUACCAAGGCGUAGUCCAAUGCAAAGUGAAAGACCGACGCGUGUAUCUCGCACCAGACUUCGUGUGGACGCAGUACGACCGUACGUGGGAAUAGCGAACGUAGACACGCGUAGAUAGUCUUAGAUUACCAAGUAACCUAAUGUCCUUAUUUUAGGACAACAACUGAUUUAUCAACGAUUUCCGACUGCAAGUUUCCUUUUUGUCGGACACCGGGUCUCUAUUUCAUUUAUGGAGUUUAAAAGUGAUAAACAUUUUUUUAGAAAGUGAUUAUGUCAUUUGAUAUAGGAAUAGGACUUUAUCGGCGUGCUCUUUAUCAGGAUAUUUUUUUCAAGUAGUUCCUAGCAUGCCAUCAAAAUAAGCAUCCGUGGACAGCCUCUCAAGACCAGUAUUUAUCAGAAAGAAAUGGACAUUUCACGCGUGGCAUGUUUCAACACGUGUUGACGUCACACAACAGAGUAGUGCUUGCAUAGUUCGCGCACGAGUUCCGAGGAAGCGGAAUGAUCACCAUCGACACCUUGUGCGCUAACUGUAAAAACUGCUGCGCUAUUUUCCAUACCUUUCCUUUUAAUACAGUCUGUGAAAAAAUAACAUUUGCCUCUCUAUUUGAAUAGAGAAAUUUUAGUUAAUUUAGUAGCUAUAAUAUCAUUUGAUUUUAGUUCUAAACUCCUAUAAUAUCACUUAUUAGAAAGAGUUAUUAAUUGUGAAAAGAAUUCUUAAGUCUGGAAAAAACAGUGUUUAUUGCGAGUUCUUGUACUUGCUACUUGCGUUUAGUGGCAAAUGUUUAAAUUUGCACUUUUAAAGGGUCGUCAACGCGCAUGUAACACCUCUGGAGUUACAGGCGUCCAUGGGCUACGAUGACUGCUUACCAUCAGGCGGGCCGUAUGCUUGUUUGCCAACGUCGUGGUAUAAAAAAUAAAAUAAAAACACUAAUCAAUUAAUGUGUACGUAAAACCGGCUCGGUACCACGCGACCGCAAUUACCCGUAUUCCUUAAUUUUUUCUGCAAUUGAUAACUCUUUGCUUGUAAAUUUGGUCGGUAUAUUCGAUCGCUAGACAAAUUUGGUGAGAAUGCAACUGUGAGUUGUUUAAAUUUUAAUUUAUUAAAUGUAAUAUAUAAAUUAUAAGUAACAUGUCGUGCAUUUAGAUAAUAUUGACUAUUUUACAAUUUUAUACAACCUCAUCCAUUUAUUAAACAUGUAUAUAAUAAUUGAAAUAUAUGUAAAUAUAACAUUUGUGUAAUUCAUACGGGACAAGCCAUGUCUCAAAAUUUAAAAUUGC